GUAAAAUAUGUGUUUGAAGAAAAUUGAAUUGUUGGACAAAACAAUUAACACUUUGCAUUACAUCAUGAGAGUGUUAAAAGUGAGACGUUUUGAAUUUGAGCCAAAUUUAAAGAUUAGAUUAGAGGAAUCUACCAAAUUUUAACUUUUCUUAUCUCUGAUUAGAAGCUUGGUUUUGAUUUUUGAUCUUUAUGUUGAUUUGCAUACUGCGGUUCUCAUUAUCGUAUUUUGCAACCGUGUUUUUUCUUCUAUUCACUCUUCACCUUGGCGGUACGUGUGCCAGUCAGAGUGUCCGCCCGUCCGUCAAACACGCGGAGAUAAAAACUUGGCGAAUCAAUAAUUGCAAGUGAGUGCGCGAGAAGUCAAUAACUCUCUUCUCUUGCUUGGACUCGCGGCCGCACGUGUUCUUGCACACAUGACACACUUUUUGUUGUGCUCUCUCACAACACACCAUUGCAUUCUUAUGCAAGCGGCGCGAAUCAUACAAGUUGAGAGCAAAAGUGCCGCCGGCUCACAAAAUAAUGACAAGACUCUUCCGAGUGCCACCGAGACCAUAACAGUAUGUCUCUUUUUACGAACAUGGGUUCAAAAAUUAAGAAGUUGGUUGGAACAAAAAAAUAUCCUUAUCAAUUAUUCCUACCACUUAUGUCUUCAGCACACCCUUUCCUGAUUUUUCUAACGAUAUUUACAAUUAUUACCCAUAGUUAAGAUAAAACUAAUUGCUGCAGAGGAAAUAUAGCCUUAUUCACUCUUUAUCUGUUUUGCGAAAUACAGGGUAAUCCAUGCUUAUUCAUAUAAAUGUAAAGUUAAAGAGUGUUAAAAAAACCGCCAAAGCUUUUUUACAUAAUGAGAGAUAAUGUAACAAAUUUUGAGAUCUCAUCUUCCCUUUCUCUCUUGGCGCAUAAUUCAAUGGAUAUACAAUAUUACUUUAAUUUGCUUUAAUUAUUAGAACAAAUGAAUUGCUUGUAGUUGAUUUGCAAAUCAUCACUUGGAACGCUCUGUAUUGCAAAUUUUAUUGACUCCGUUUGAGCUUGAAUAGACGAGAAGGUCUAUGGGCCGUGGGGGCGCACGCAUGCGAAUAUCUCGAGCAAACAAAUUGCAUCUCGCGCGAGGCGAUGAGUGUAUGCGCGACGAUCGAAUGCAUUAUUUUUUCUGUUUGCGCUCUCGUUGCAGCACAAAUCGCACUCGCCACUCUGCACUGGACCGCGACGGUGCUCCUAACGUUUUUCAAAAUGCGCCGCUCCAAGCACUGUGCUUACAUGUACAGUUCGACGCCUGCCAUUGUGGUCACCCCAAGCUGCAAUGCCCCCCUGGUCGGCUGGAGCGCCCAGGACGCGGAGGGCGUGCUGGACCAACACACGCCAAACGACGACGACCAACACGCGGCCGCCGCCAAACACCUCCAAAGCAAUGACCUUCACUUGACCGUGGAGUCAAGAAGAACGGUGAACGAAAGGGACGGACCCCCGGACGGUGGAUGGGGGUGGGUGGUGGUGGGGUGUUCGUUGAUGAUCUCGCUGAUCCAGGACGGAGUCAGCUACAGCUUCGGUCUCAUUUACGUCGAGUUGCUCAAUGAGUUCCACGCGAGCAAGAGCAAAACGUCGUGGGUCAACUCGCUCUUCCUGGCAGUGCCUCUGCUCGCGGGGCCCCUUGCUAGUCUCAUGGUCGAGCGUUACGGCUGUCGCGCCAUGACGAUGCUCGGAGGCCUCCUCGGCGCCACUGGAUUCGUCCUGAGCGCCCUCGUAGGCUACUCAAUAGAAAUUCUGCUCCUAACUUUUGGCGUCAUCACUGGACUGGGUCUGGCCCUUGGCUACGUGACGGCGGUGGUGGGAAUCGCGUAUUGGUUUGACAAAAGGUUGUCCCUGGCAAACGGACUGGGCGUGUGCGGCACUGGAAUCGGCACCUUCCUCAUGGCUCCCUUGACGCAGCUUCUCAUCGAGCACUACGCCUGGAGAGGCACCACACUACUCCUAGGUGGAGUCUUCCUGCAGAUGUGCAUUUGCGGAGCUCUGAUGCGCGAGCCCGCCUAUCUGAUUUUGCAGAAGAGAAACAAGAGCCCGAAGAGCACUACUGUGGUACUAGAGACUGCCAAAGAACCUUGCAGGCGCAGUUUGUCACCUGCACCUCUACAGAAGCAGCUUCUGCAGCACAGACACUCUCUGACGUACCGAGGGGCUAUGGUUUGCCUGCAACCGUGGACAGAGGAAGGUGUAGAUGCAGACCGAGCGGCCUCGUGUCCUGACCUUCUUCUGCAGGUGCGAGGGUCCUCCCUGUCAGCAGGAUGUGCAAAGAGGGCUGCCCCUAAGCGGCCUCACUACUGGCUGGACGCAGGUCUGUUCUUGGAGCCAGCCUUCCUCCUGCUCUCGGCGAGCACCCUGCUGCUGUUCAUGUGCUUCAUCGUGCCCUACCUGUUCCUGGCCGAGCACAUGCUCAAGCACGGCUACACGCAGGCCCAGGCGGCCGCCCUUAUCUCUGUCAUCGGCGUGCCCAACACGCUGGCCAUGGUGGUGCUCGGCUGGGCCGGCGACAAGCCUUGGCUCCCCGUCAGCCAAACCUACUCAGCCUGUCUCCUUGUGUGCGGCGUCUCGAUUUUUGUCAUGCCCCUGGUGGUGCACACAUACGCAGGCCUGUUGACUGCUGUCAUCUUCUUUGGCCUCUCAUUUGCUGCCAACUACUCCUUCACGCCCGUCCUCCUCGUCCAGCUUGUCGAGAUGGACCGCUUUUCCGCCGCCUACGGACUUAUGCUGCUCGUUCAGGGUGCUGGAAACCUCCUCGGACCACCAAUCGCAGGGUGGAUUUCGGACGUUACAGGCAGCUGGGACCUGGCCUUCUUCGCGGCGGGCGUUUUGACUGUGAUAUCGGGCGGCCUCACCUUUCUCAUCCCCAUGUACAAAAAACCACUGCCCGGCAGAGACACGCCGUUGCCUGAAGUGUGAAACGAUUCAACAACUUAUAUGAUUAUAUAAAACGCUCGCGCGCGCGAGAGAAAUUGUUCUCUCAGAAAAUUUAUAUACACCUGAAAAGACUGAGCUGUGAUCGACUGCAGUGAUACUAGAACUUACAAACCCAUAGAAGUAGAAACCGAAAAAAAAACUCAGUAUUUUUGCGCUCCUCUACACUUUUGUGUUGUUUUAACUCAAUGUACGCAGCAAAAUCGAAAGUGCAAUUACUAUUGUAUUGUAUAUAGGUUUUGCUUUCAUUAUGUUUCUCUUCCUAAUCGAAGCUUUAAAUAUAUAACAAUAUAAAACUCGUUUUAGCAAUUAAAAAUAAAGAGAGAUGCGAAGGUAAUGUAAAAAUCUAUUUUUCUCUGACAAACACAAAAUUGUCUUUGCCCCAGGCUGUGUUUUCAGAUCCGUCCAGGGUCCUGUAGCCUUUGGACUUCAUGAAGUCCUUCAGCACCUGCUUUCCUUCCAGAACUUUUGUAAACUCCA